AUGAAGGACCCGUCGUCAAAGCUUGCUAGAAUACGCUUAGAACUGUCAGAAUACGACUUUACAAUUGAAUAUAUAAAAGGAAAAUCGAAUGUAGGAGCGGACACAUUGUCACGGAUUACAAUAGGCGAACUAAAAGACUCAACCAAACAAACCAAACCAAACAAAAUCUUUUUUGUUGCAAAAUUCCUUCAGGGGUAUGGUAGCGUGUCGACGUGCGAUACAGCGUCCGCCAAUUCUGGUUUUGUUGACUUUGUGCAGCAGUGGCGACAGCGGAUCAACAAUGGCAUCGAAUCUCCUUCAUGCUCACAAACAUCCAGUUCAUCUUCACAUGACUUCGAUUUGCAGCAAGUGUUCAGUGCCCAUCCAACUGGCGAGUAUUUUCUGCGACUGGACAAACUAGAUGACGCUGGGAGGAAGAUCUUAAUUGAUGCCACUGUGUCGUGGUUUAUUAAAAGAAAAAUCAAAAUAUGCCGAAAUACAUUCCAAUCUAUUGCGCAAGAUAUUGCAAACAGGUUUAAAGAUGACAAGUCGAUUUACUACCACAAAGAUCCUAUUACCUUGAGACCAGCAGGCCGCUUGUACGAUAAAUAUUACAACACAUUGAAGAGAUUGAGGAAAUCCGGUGAAUUAGUGGACCCAGAAAGUUCAACUCCUGAGGCAUCACCGACAGAAGAAUAUACAUUUACUUUCGAGGAUGAAAAAUCUGCCUAUGACUGGCUCAAACUUUUUGAUUCGCCGUGGAGCACAGUUGAAGCAAAUUGGAAAAAAACCUUCAAAAUCAGACGACAAGAAAUUUUGAACUCAAGUGGUAGCACAUCAGCGAAAACUUUACGGGCCUGGAAACUUUUUUCCCAUUCAUGUGGAUACAAUCUGAUUGAUAUUGACUUCAAUGCUCUACAUCAGAAUUGCUCACAGCUAACAGAGAAAUGGCAAUGUUUUAGAACAAAAAUUAUACCAAUUUUGAAUAAGAGGGUAAAGAUAUUCAAAAUCUUCAGCACUUGAAAAAAGUUAAUGAGAUUGAUAAAGGUUCAGAUCAACUUAUAGCAUUGUUACUGCACGUUGUACUACGACCUAAUAUAAAGCGGAAGGCAGGUGACAAAA